AGCACGGCCUUUGUGUCGGGGGAUGUCAGCGCGUCGGCGAAAGCGUCCACCAAUCGAAAAAGUCGUUGGUGUAUGCAAAUAAGGGCUCUAUGACGCAGAGACGCAGCGUGAAGCGUGGGUAUAAAAACGGAGGCGUCGGGGGGGUUUGGAGCGCAGAGCGGUUUGGUCGUUCGUUGGGAGAGCAUCUUUUCUUUGCUCCGAGACUGCGGCUCUUCCUUGGGCGGCAGAAGCGGCGCGGCGGUCUGAUAAGUGGCCUAAGACUUCGGCGUUGGGUAAAAGAAAAUGGCUCGAACCAAGCAGACUGCUCGUAAAUCCACUGGUGGGAAAGCCCCCCGCAAACAGCUGGCCACCAAAGCUGCCCGGAAGAGCGCCCCCUCUACCGGCGGGGUGAAGAAGCCUCAUCGCUACAGGCCCGGCACCGUGGCGCUUCGAGAGAUUCGUCGUUACCAGAAGUCGACUGAGCUGCUCAUCCGGAAGCUGCCUUUCCAGAGGUUGGUGAGGGAGAUCGCCCAGGAUUUCAAAACCGACUUGAGGUUUCAGAGCGCGGCCAUUGGCGCGCUUCAGGAGGCUAGUGAAGCGUACCUGGUGGGUUUGUUUGAAGAUACUAAUCUGUGUGCCAUCCACGCUAAGAGAGUCACCAUCAUGCCCAAAGACAUCCAGUUGGCUCGCCGGAUACGGGGGGAGAGAGCUUAAGUGAAGGCAGUUUUUAUGGCGUUUUGUAGUAAAUUCUGUAAAAUACUUUGGUUUAAUUUGUGACUUUUUUUGUAAGAAAUUGUUUAUAAUAUGUUGCAUUUGUACUUAAGUCAUUCCAUCUUUCACUCAGGAUGAAUGCGAAAAGUGACUGUUCACAGACCUCAGUGAUGUGAGCACUGUUGCUCAGGAGUGACAAGUUGCUAAUAUGCAGAAGGGAUGGGUGAUAUUUCUUGCUUCUCAUGAUGCAUGUUUCUGUAUGUUAAUGACUUGUUGGGUAGCUAUUAAGGUACUAGAAUUGAUAAAUAAAUGUGUACAGGGUCCUUUUGCAAUAAAACUGGUUAUGACUUGAUCCAAGUGUUUAACAAUUGGGGCUGUUAAGUCUGACCAUACAUCACUGUGAUAGAAUGUGGGCUUUUUCAAGGGUGAAGAUACAAGUCUUAACCACAGUGUAACUUACAGUUUCCUAAAAAAAAAAAAAAAAAAAAAGUAAACCUGGCAGCUAUAGAAUACACUAUGUGCAUUUAUAAUAGCUAUUUUAUAUAUUGUAGUGUCAACAUUUUUAAAUUAAAUGUUUUACAUUCACAAGUGGUGGGGAGUCUGUCAUUAAGGUGUGUGUAAUAUAGAGUCCAGUUGGUUUUCUCCUAACUUGACUGCACUUGUUUUCAUAGUAGUACGAUGCUAUGCGCAUUAUACCUUGCUUAAGUCCUCAUUCUACCACAUGUUAACUAACCCUCUAGCUGAUAAUGCAAACACUAACUGGGGGAUUUUUAUUUAUAAGGGCUCUAGAAUAAAAUACGAGUUAUUCACAUCAGCAUCAUCUGUUAUUAAUAUUCUGAAGAACUAGUUAGUGCAGCUUUUCAUUGUGUUGUGGUUGGUCUCGCAUAACUAGGUUGAGUUUUGCUCCUCUAAGAGGAGACGAUUUCUAAGUUCUUUUCCUUGUGGAGUUUGUAUUACAACCCUUAGUGUAAACUUGCUGUAGGGGAAGGGGAGCACACAGCUCCAGCUCAUUGAACCUCUGCUAUUAAGAUGGUAUUGGGUUAGUUAGGUUACAUCUGGUUACUGUCCUGGGAAAACCGCUUAGAGAUGGCCUUCCAAGUGGUUUUAAAAUUUGCCCUUCUAUUGAAGUUUUUAGGUCAAUUAUGUAUGUUGACUAAAUUUAUAAAUAAACUUGUUUAUCCAACUAAGUGUCAAAAACCUAAAUUGAAUAUACAAAACUUUAAUACAAUCCUUUAGGUUCUUUGUGUCCUAGUGUUUGAGCUUAGAUUUCAUUCAGGUUUUGCUUGGUAGACAAAAACCUUUUAUUUACUAAGGUAAUUAUAGAAAGCAUGUAAACAACCCUUUGCUUUAAAAAAUGCCAUGAUAUUGCCAUAUUUGCAGUGUGGGCCUAAGAUAUAUUAAUAUGCUUUUCUGCUCUCCCCCCACCCCAUGGUGCACAGUCUCACAGAUGCAGAAUUCAUUGUUGGUCUAAGCCACCUUUUCAGUGUGAAACCAGUUUUCUUGAGUAGUGAUGGCCACCUAGUAAAGCAUAUUGUAUAAAUGUCAGCAAGACAUGGCCAUAAGAGCCACCAGUCAUUAAAGCAUAUGUUUGAAGCCAGUAGCUCUGUAGAAAGAAAACCUUGGCCUAUUAACGUUUUUUAAAGCAAAGCUGGACUAGUUUGAAAUUUAAGGGGCCUAGGAGAGGCUAGAGAGUGUAGCUGUCUUGGUAACUUGAGGCAGUCUUCUGUAUAGAAGAUGUAGAUGUCAAAGAAUCCAAUACAACACAAUGAACCUGUUUUCUAGGUGGGCCAUUAUAACCAGAUCUGUAACAAGCACGCCAAUUCUCACAAUUUCCUCAUGGUGUGCUUCUGAAUGACAUCCUAGACAGUGGAAUGUGCUGUGCUUCGCAGUGUCUGAAAACAAACAGCUGUGGUGAUAACUUGCUUAGUACCUGUGAUAACCCAAGUGAGUGUCGCUAGUGAACCUUCUCACCCAGCCUAUAUCCUGACAUGUAGAAGGUUCUUGGAUUUUAUUGGGCAGCUUGGAAUCUGCUGCUUAAAUAGUGUAACUUGCACUUCCACACUUGGAGCACACUUAACCCAGAAGGCAAAAUAUUUUUUGGUUCUAGGAAGCUGCCCAUACAGGAUAUCCUUGGGGUAAGGGCAAUGGAGCAGAGUCUGUAAGGAGAAAAGUAAAAGUUGGAGCUGGUGAAGGCAUCCUGUGCCCUUGAUGGAUGAGACAAAAAUAAAGUUUUUGAAGUUGA